GAAUUCUGAACUCGGACAUCGCUCAAGCGAAAGAUCCGAAGAAGCUUCCAGUAGAAUGGGACUACUUAGAAAUCCUCGAAAAGACGAACGCCGGUUUGCCGAAUUUCUAGUAAACGCUUCAAUUCCAAUAAUCGAAUAUGUUUGCGAGCACAAUGGAAGUCACCUCUUAGAUGGGGUCGAAAGUCUCGAUGCAAAAGAGGAUAUUAUAGAUGUCUGUUUCCUCGACGAUUCAACUUCCACUGAAUCCACUGAGGCCAACGGCACCAGUGCCGAGAUUCGAAGACAUGAGAGUUUCCUAACUUCCGUCGUAGAUCUAGAAAGUUGCACGUAAGCGAAACUCCGCAUGUUUCGAACCUGAUGGAUUUUUUUGGUAGGGAUGUUGUCAUGCCGUCGAUAAACACCCAAACUGACAACGAAUUAUUCUCUCUAUCCGAAGCAAGUUCGAAACUACACAAAAUUGUGUCGUCGGAGAGUUGAACGGAUGCACGCAAAGGACGACUUCGAACCUCGUCAAUUCCAUCUUGAACAUUGUCAAGAAAGAAUUAGGCUGUGAAGCGCUACUCAAUAAAAUACGUGCAGGAUAUACUACAAAUCAACACUCUGUAUUGGAAUUUGAAUUUUUUGACAGACAGAAUUUAUGUCUGAAGUGAUGCAUAUUUGUAAAGCGGAAGACCCCAGAGACCGGAUCAGCUUGUGGAUGCCAAGUCAGUAUAAAAUGCAAUCAAUUUCUAACUUAAAACCACAUGCUCACCAGAGUUCGACCGGCGAAGAAUAAAAACAACGUGUCUGUGAGUUGUAGCAUCGUAAACUCUGGAAUAUAAUCAUUCUGAAAGACAAAUCGGUCUGCUUUGUAGAAAAAUGAAGAUUCUCAUUGUUCUUGGGAUUUUUUUGAUUGCUGCAAUCCAAAACGCCAACAUCGUUCAAGCGGAAGAUCCAAAGCCUACACCUGGCAUAAGGCUGCGUUGGGUCAGUUUUCUUAAGACGAAGUUUCACCAUUUCAGUGGAAAAGAUAGUGACAUUGACGAUCAACAGAUAGAAAUAAAGUGCAACAAUAAUGGUGGACCCACCGCGUACAAUACUAUCCGUCAAGGCAUGGAACGCUUUCGAAUUUCUAUUGACUCCAUAAUAAACAGUAUAAACACUACCGUUGAUGGGCAAACGGAGAAGGAUUUCGCAGAGGUUUGUCGUUCUAUGCAGAGUGUAAAUGACUUGCUAACCUCGACCGCGAACACAAUCAAACCUUGCUUGAACCUGAUGGAACGCCGGGACCUCGAUUUGAACGUGAACGUUUCAUUUUCAACAGUGGACUAUGUUUGCCAGAACAAUGGAAGUUCCCUCUUCGAAUUUUACGCGACCAAUGCAGUUGAAUGUUUGAACGAGAAAUUGAAUGAUUUACAUGAUGAUUGUACAGCCGACAAUUCAGUUUUUAAUCAUUCCACCACCCACAUUGAUAAUACUAAUAUUCCACUGGUAUUCAGUCCUCCAACAGCCACCAUACAGACGAUCUUGUGCACUGAUAUAGAUAGAGCGCAAAAUUGUUCCGUUCGAAGGUUGAACGAGUGCAAACAAAAGAUAGCUUCGAAAUUCGUCAACACUUUUUGGAAUAUUUACAAAAAGGGAUUAGGAUGCGAAACGAUACUUAAAGGGAUUGCAGCAAAUGCUACUGCAAACAGUCCGUAAAUGAGUGAUAUGCUAAAAUAGCAUGCCAUCAUCCCUAAUACUGCAACAAGUACUAGAUAAGUAUAUGCUACUAGUGGUUCCUGUUCUUCGGGAAAUGAAAGUGUCAUCCCACACUAGGUAAUUCCUCUCAUUUAUAUCUGCAUAAACAUCCCUGCUUAUUAUCUAAACCACUUAUGUUUAAUUUUGUUAUAACGG